AUGGCAGUAACUCUCCCAACUGGACAGCGAACUCCCUUCCGGCCCCAAAACCCAGCCUUCUUUAGCGUUGUCGCCGGAGCAGCUGCGGCAUGGGUUCUCUUCCGAUGGUACUCGCCCUCGAAGCCCGAACCAAAAGGACUUCCCUUCCCGUAUGAGGAUGCCGAGGACGUCAUCCAGUCUAGACCGAAGAAGAAAGGUCCCACCAGAAUCCCUUAA